UUUUUUCAAUUUUUCCUUUGAUGAGUAGGUAGAUCAAUGUCUUUCAAAAACAUAAAAAAGAUCAAUGGUUUACAAUUGACACAGUGCAAGUUGAAUCAAAAGCACCGACCCUCUCCGGCUACCGCUGCCUGAGUUGGUGCUCCACUUUGGUUUUCGUUACCCUUCUUUUGGUGCCCAAGUUUUGAUUUUUCAGAGAAGAUUCACUUCCUUUUCUUCAAAUUCAGGCACUUUUUUCAAAAGGGCUAAGUCACUCAACUGAUUGAAUUAGAGCUAUGAACCCCGUUGAUUGGGAACAAGAACUGAAAAAGUAUGAGGAUGUUAUAGCCUCAGGUACCAAUUGUAUGAAAAUAAAGGCCAUGGUGAUGCUGACACGUUUAUCUAAGCAUGCCCCUGAGGAUGUGUUAGCUCGCACCAUACCCAUUCUCACUGAGAUUCUUGGUCACAAUGUUUCAAAUGAUUCUGCUCCUACACUUCAAGAGGCUGCUGCUUAUUGCUUGAAGUGCAUUGCUUGCAGGGGUGAUGGUGAGUUGGCGGUUGAAAUUGGUGGACAUGGCGCCACUCGUUCCUUGAUGAGGUUGUUGCCUCACUCUGAAGGGAGGAUGCAGAAGGUACUGACUAAAUGUAUGCUUGUUAUUGUUAGUUUUUGCAAUGCAAGUAGGACAGUUGUUGCCACCAAUGGUGGGGUGGAAUUGAUCAUUGGUUUGUUAAGUUCUUGCACCGAAGAUACUAGACGGUAUUUGUUGGAGAUUUUGAGCGUGCUGGCGUUGAGGAGGGAUGUUAGGAAGGCUCUCACUAGACUAAGAGCUCUUCAUUAUGUUGUGGAGGCUGCUGGUUUUGGGAGCAUGGUGUCUAGGGAAAGGGCUUGUCAAGCAAUUGGGUUGCUAGGAGUCACGAGACAGGCUAGGCGCAUGCUUGUUGAAUUGGGGGCGAUACCGGUACUUGUGGCGAUGUUUCGUGAUGGAGAUCAUGCCACAAAGCUUGUAGCUGGUAAUUCUCUUGGUGUGAUAUCUGCUCAUGUUGAUUACAUUAGGCCGGUGGCUCAAGCUGGGGCUAUCCCCCUUUAUGCCGAGCUUCUUGAAGGACCUGAUCCUUCUGGGAAGGAGAUAGCUGAGGAUGUGUUUUGUAUAUUGGCUGUUGCUGAGGCUAAUGCUGUUGAAAUUGCUGGGCACUUGGUGAGGAUUCUGAGGGAAGGUGAUGAUGAAGCAAAGGCGUCUGCGGCUGAUGUGAUGUGGGAUCUGUCAGGUUACAAGCACACAACGUCUGUGGUCCGGGAUUCGGGUGCGAUUCCUAUUCUUGUUGAGCUUUUGGGGAGUGGAAGUGAAGAUGUGAAGGUGAAUGUUUCCGGGGCAUUUGCUCAACUAAGCUAUGAUGGAACAGAUAGAAUGGCACUUGCUGAGGCAGGGGCAGUUCCAAUUCUCAUUGACUUGAUGAAUGAUGUUGAUGAGGUUGAGGAACUAAGGGAUAAUGCUGCAGAGGCUCUUGUCAAUUAUUAUGUCGAUCCAUUGUAUCAUGAUAGCGUGUCUGAUGCGAUUAAUGUUCCUUCGUUCAGAAAUAUGCAGAAUAGAUUAACUCAUAUUCGUGCAUCGAAUGAGCACAUGGCUAGAUCCUUGAGAAGAAUGAGUGUUGAGCAGCUCACUUGGAACCCAGAUCUUGCAUAAUCAUUUGAAGGGUAUGUUUUGAUCUCAAAGCCUUUGGAAUGUUGUUUUCAGUCUCUUAACUUUUAUCAGUUUUACACCCUAGCAUAGAUAUAUGUUGUGAUGAUAAUUGGUAGAAGGAGAUAUAUGUCGAUCUUUGCUGUAUAUUUGUAGAAGUUCACAAACACAAAUAAAAAUGAGUGAGUAGAUAGCCUUCUAAUUGUGGGAAAAUACUUGAAUUCUUAUAACAUAGUUGCCAAAUGUCACCCUUACUGUCAUUAGUUGUGUUAUUCCUUAUGAAUCAGAAACGCUCAUUCCUUUUAUUGAGCUCCAAGGAAACUUGUGUUUUGGAAUGCCUACAUCCUUUUGUUACAGCCA